UCCCACUUCCGCAGUUGUGCUCCUGUUUCUGGCUCGCCAGCGGGCUGUGCUGUGUGGAGCCGUGUACCUGCUUCAGCUCAGUCAUGAGAAAGGAAAAACAACUGGGCGUCAGUACUGCUGUGUGUGUCCAUGUGUGCAAUGGAGUCAUACUGCUUGGAUUUACUGAAUGUGUUUGUUUAAGCGGCUUGACUCGGAGUUGUUUGAAGUGAGAUAGCUACUGUAGUGUGAGCUAGCUAGCGGUAGUUAGCUGUCCAGUGGCUGGUGUUCACGACCUGCUCCACUACUCCCCAGCCCGGGUUUAAUAUCAUCACAGGGGACAAAGGGGUGGUAAAGCUGGACAGGUAGCCCCAUGAUGAAUCGCUUCCGAAAGUGGCUGUAUAAGCCAAAGAGGUCGGACCCUCAGCUACUUGCCCAGUUUUACUAUGCAGAUGAAGAGCUGAAUCAGGUGGCCUCAGAGCUGGAUAGUCUGGAUGGCAGGAAGGAUCCUCAGAGAUGCACGCUGCUCGUCAACCAGUUCCGCUCAUGCCAGGACAAUGUGCUGAAUAUCAUAAACCAGAUCAUGGAUGAGUGUAUACCAGAAGACCGAGCAAACAGAGACUUCUGUGUGAAAUUUCCGGAAGAGAUCCGCCAUGACAACCUUGCAGGACAGCUAUGGUUUGGGGCAGAGUGUCUAGCAGCAGGCUCAAUCAUCAUGAACAGGGAGAUCGAGAGUAUGGCGAUGCGUCCACUGGCCAAAGACUUGACACGCAGUCUGGAGGAGGUGCGCAACAUCACCCGUGACCAAGCGCUGCGAGACCUCAACUUCUACACAGAGCGCAUGAGGGAGGCACUGCGCCAGUUCGACAGCCUUUUUGCUGAGUUUGAGCUCAGUUAUGUAUCAGCCAUGGUGCCUGUAAAGUCUCCUAAAGAGUACUACGUCCAGCAGGAGGUCAUUGUGCUCUUCUGUGAGACUGUAGAGAGGGCCCUAAAGCUUGGCUAUCUCACACAAGACAUGAUUGAUGAUUAUGAACCUGCUCUCAUGUUUACAAUCCCCCGACUAGCUAUUGUAUGUGGACUUGUUGUGUAUCCUGAUGGACCGCUUAACCUGGAAAACAAGCCAGAAGACAUGUCCGAACUCUUUCGACCUUUUCGCACAUUACUGAAGAAAAUUAGGGACCUGUUGCAGACUCUGACAGAAGAGGAGUUAACAACCCUGGAGAGGAAUCUGUGUAUCUCACAGGAUGGAGAGUUUCCUGGAGACCCCAUCUCCUCUACACCGGAGUCUGCUACCUCUAGCAACUCCAAGAGUCAGGUGGAGGAGUCGCAGAAAAGAGAAGAGCAAAAGGAAGUGGAGAGGGUGACAGAGCUGGCUCUGUGUUCCUCUCAGCGUGAGGAGGAGGAUGCUUGGGAGAAACCCCAGGAACAGCAGGAGGUCCUAAGUGAAGGAGAGGAGGAAACUGAAGUGGACCUGGCAUGUUCCAUGCAGUAUGACGAAGAGGAGAUUGAGCAGCUCAACAUGAUGGUACACCGUGUUGGUGACCACAUGUCCACACUGCUCUCACCCCCAAGCCAGAGGCCAUCUCCAGCUUAUUAUCGCCGAAAAAAACAGCCCAGCGUGGACGGAUCUAGUGUGCGCUCCAGCCUAGGGGACUCGAGCACACCCUCAAGCACUGAAAACUCUCCUCAACGAGCUCCUGCCCCCCAACACGAGGAAGAUGAGCGGGUCUUCUUCAUGGACGACUUGGAAAGCAUGGGCAGUGGUGGAGAUGUUGAAACUAGCUCAGGGGAACGCCGUCAGGGACGACGAGUCUCUCCCAUCGUAAACCUCAAAUCCCUCAAGCCCAUCAGGCCAGAGCCUACAAGUGACUCCACCUCCAAUGGAUGGAUGACGGCCUGUCAAUCAAAUGAGGAGUUUGAUCAGAGCAGCCAGGAUAAACUGUGCCUUUCUUCUGGACCUGCAGGAACCUCAGAAACAUUACCACUUGUGAAUGGCUGGGAAGGGCAGCUGGAUGGUGAGGAAGGGGAAGGGGGGGAGCCAGCAGAGGUCAUUGCUCACCGAACAGGCGGGAUGAAACUUUCAGCCACUGUGAUCUUUAACCCACGCUCACCAAACCAACCUGAGUUGGUGGUUUUGUCACGCUCAACCGAGGGAACUGCUCACCGCCUGCUCAACUCUUGUGUGUGCUGCACUGCUGGAUGUGUCGAUGCCCAUGAUGACCCCACUUCCACAGAUACCACCACAGGAGAUGGGAAUUUAGAGUUUAGCAAGUGCAAGCUUGCCAUCACAAGCACUGUUAUCCAGUCAGCAAUGGAUGCCUGUGGCACAGGGAAGGGGGAUACCCCUAUGCCCAUCCCACCUCCACCUGGCCAACAACAACUGAGGGAGGAGGAUGAGGACCAAGCGAGAGGAAGGCUUCCUCAUGCCCCCUGUUGUGAGAAGUGCCUUGCCAAUAGCUCCAAGCUGUCCCCACACAGAGACACUGGAGAGAAUGCAUCAAGAGAUGGAUACCCCUAUCAGGAAAGAGCCAGCCGAGUAAUGGCUAGCUCAGCAGCAAAGGAGAAACAGCCCAAAGAAGACGGCAAAAAUGGCUCCAGUUUACAAGGAUCCCCCCUCAGUUCAGGCAGCAGCAGUGAUUGUGAGAGUGUGUCUGUCACCACAUGCAGUCUGUCCAGUUCAUGCAGCCCCAGUAGUUUGACCACCAGCUCUGAGAUGUCUGAGGAGCUCGAUCACCAGGAGCUUCAGCUGGCCCUGCAGGCUUCUAAACUGGUUUCUCACAACAAAAUACGUGCACGCUUCCAUAGCAGUAGUGACCUCAUCCAUCGUCUUUUUGUCUGCAUAUCAGGUGUAGCUGAUCAGUUGCAAACAAAUUAUGCAAGUGACCUGAGGAGCAUCCUGAAGACACUUUUUGAGGUUAUGGCAACAAAAUGUGAGCAAGGGGACAACGAGAAGCAGAAAAAAGGACCGAGAGUAGGAAGCGCUGGAUUAGAAGAUUGUGCCCUUUGUCAAGAGACCAUGACCUCAUCGGAACUCGCAGCAAAGGCACGGAACGGCCAGUUCGAAGACCCUCCUGAGUGGGUUCCAGAUGAAGCCUGUAACUCCUGCAUCGCCUGUAAAGCUCCUUUCACGGUCAUCCGGAGGAAGCACCACUGUAGGAGCUGUGGAAAGAUCUUCUGCUCCCGCUGCUCUUCACACUCGGCCCCAUUACCCCGCUAUGGUCAGAUGAAGCCUGUGAGAGUGUGCACUCACUGCUACAUGUUUCACGUCACACCUUUCUACAGUGACAGGACUAGUGUUUGACUGCAUUGCUGCCUUGCACCACCAUUACACAUGGACACAAGCACAUUUACCAUGCAGAGAGACGGGAACGUUUAGCAAAAGAUGCGCACACCUUUUUAUUUUUUCAAGUAAACUGGUCGAGUUUGUGCAUGUGCACAGACAUAUUUAUUUAACCUAAAAAAAUAUACAUGUAAAUCUGGAUACACUACAAUAUUGGAGAUGCAACCCAGAGCAAAUAACAAAUUAGCUUUGAAGUACUGAUUCAUAAAGUAUCUAAAGUUAAUAAACGCUUAUUAUCAAGCACAUUAAGAAAUGACGCCAAAGUAUUUGCUGUAAUUUUCUUAAAUAGAGCAUGAAGUGAUUUGACGGAAGUGAAUCGUGAUCAGAGGUCCAGUCUUAGGAAUUCUCUUUCAGUGAUUAGUUAGUUUUUCAAAUGUUAUUAGUCUUUUUUGCGAAUGGGGAUUUAAUAGUGUUCGAAGUUCAAUAGGGCUCAGAUUCAUUGCUGAAUGUAAACCGUGACGAACACGUGAGCAACUGUGACAAGUAUAACGACAAUAAUAUUAACAUUAUUUGCACCAUUGAUUGUCAAUAUGUGGUCAUCAUAACAUACUGAAGAAUUCUUUUUAUUACUAUUCAGAAAGUUUUAUUUAAGAAAAGAUGCUGCUCUCUGUAAUAUAAAAGUGAGGCUUUAGAAUAUGGAAUGGCUGAAAACAAUGUAUAUACAGUAUGCUGAAGUGGUUAUGUAUCUAAUAAAUAAGAUUCUUCUUUUAUGCUUUGAAUAGCAAUGAAUGUGUAACCAUAUAGAUGCGCUUUUUUUUCUAUUAGUAUUUACAAAACUGGAAAAUAAUUGCCUUUCACAGCAGUGUCUGAUCCCUCAGCUACUCUCUUAGACAAGUCUUUCCUGCCUUUCCUCCAAAAACUUAGUACAAUCUGGGAUAUUUUUUUAGUGUAAUCACAUGGAUUUUGAGCUUUUGCAUGCUUCUUAGCAGUUCCUGAGGUGAUCACUUCUCUAAGCACACUCAUUUGCCCCAAUUAAAAAACAGACGUGGGAAAACAUGAUUUGAUUUGGGCAUUACACAGUGCUGUAAAUCUCUGAGCACUACUUUUGGUAGAAGUGAACAGUCCACCCCCUACCUCAUCUGUUCAGCAGAUUUCCUCUCAGUAUUUUACCAUUUAACCUCAGCCGUCUGACUUCCAAAAAAAAAAAAACUUUACAAUUAUGUGCUUUAAGACACCACUUCAUUGCCCCAGCAUUUAGUGUCUUUAUAAUUUCCACAUUUUCUUUUUCUAACUAAUGGGAAAAUGCACUUUUUUACUUUUUGUGCUUGACUCUUUAGCUGUCAAAUAUAAUCAUAAUUGUCAUUAUCAGCAAGCUGUUACAAUCUUAUGUCCAUAAUUAAUUUUAUUAGAUCUUUACAUAUGGAAUUUGCUAUAUGUAUUCUUCUUUAGUGUAAAUACACAGGUGAUUUUAUAGAAAAUUGUGCACUGAUUUGGUCGAGGAAUAUCGAGAAAUAAUCUGAAAUCACUUCGAGUGUCUCGGCAAAAUGGCGGCCAAUCGUUUUGUCACUUUAAUUGAGAGAGAAUUACAAAUUAUGAGAGAAAAUGCUGUUUCUAAAAGCACUAAAGAUGCUACGAAGUUUGCUCUAAAACUAUUCAAGUGUAAGGUGGAAUUGAGCUUUUUUAUUUAUUUCAAAACAAAGUAUUUUAUGUGAGUCGGCAUAGAUAAGUGACAAGUAUGCGUGCAUUACAUUAGCAUGCUGCUUUUGAAGUUUGAAAUAAAUUAUAUAUUUUUUUUGAAUAUGAUUUUUUUUUUUUAACAUAAUCACCUGUGUAUUUUUACUGAAACAAUUAUCUACUUAAGGCUCAGUGAAUAUCAGUGAAUGAUUGUUCAUAAGUUAACUGUCUAUAAAUUACAAUGCUAUCCAUGUUUAUCCCAUUGGUUCUGAACAAAACUAAUUUUUUGUUUGCAAACACUUUACUUUGAGAGCAUUCCUUUAUAAGAAACUUUUUUUUUUUUUUAAAUUCUAGUUCAUACAGUUGCCUUCUUGUUCUUCACUCUUUAAGAGUUUACCUCAUUGCCUAUACCUCUGUGCUUAUAUAAAGCUUUGAGAUUUGACCAAGUUACAGAAGUGGGAACACACUAGGAUAUUAGUAUUCACAUCAGUGUUUCAGAUUCUGUUAACAAUUCCACAUUAUAUUUGAGAUUUAAUACGCCUAAUUCUGUAAUGCUUACGUAACGUUAACAGUACAUAUGCUCACUAUAAACAGCCCACAUUAGCUCUUGAAUUUGUCCUGCUAUUUUAGACAUCAUUUCUGGUAUCCUCAAUGUUUGAGGUCCUCUAAGAGCAGUACUCGGUGUACGUAGUACAUCAGUGUCUGCUAACUCAAAGCUUUAAAAUGUAGUACCUCUCAACUGCUCAGUCCUUAUGCUUAUAUUAUUUUAUUAGUUAUUAAUUUUCAUUUUUUGUUGUUCCCACGCACGGGCAACCAGUUGUCUGCUAAUGGAGUCCAUGGGAACAAACUGUUGCUAAAAUAUUGCAUACAGUUGUUUGUGUUGCAACUAUGGCAUUAGGAAGCUUAUGUUUUCUAGACUCAAAGAUGUAAAAGACUGCACAUUUAAAACUCUUUUGAUAACCGUAUACUAGGUUCCCUUAUGAUAUUGCUUCCUUUCGAAUGUUAAUGCUGCGCUUCAGGACUAUGACUGUAUUUUGCCAUGAUGCUAGGGAACAGUUAAUCUUUCAAGAUUUAAACACUUAAAUUUAAAAAUGCAAACCAACAACAAAAGUUGAGAUCUUCCCAUGGUAGGCUUUUUUUUUCCCCUUUGCAAAUCUAGCUAUUGACCUGGUGUGUAAAAAGUUUUUUAAAUUUUACCUGCCACCAAUCCUCAGGCCUCAAUAAUUGUGCAGUUCUUUUGCAUUUCAAGUAAAAAAAAAAAUUAUUU